AUGCCGCGAGCAUUCCUGGUGAAAAAGCCUAGUGUUUCACCCGCUAAGAGAAACUGGAGUGAUCUCCCUGACCACGAACGCGGAGACAUUUACAUACCAGUGUCCAUGACCCCUCCAGCUCUUUGGGAGGAGACAGAAGCCAGUACAGCUGAAGUGGCCCUGUGCCUGUCCACGCGUAAAGAACAUACCUUAUGCACACAUAGAUAUCCACAGGACCCCCAUGCCAUGGUUUCUACUGCCGAACUUCCAUCCUCUACUGCUCUGGGACAGCACCACAGCCCAGAGAUAGAGCGCAUCAGAAGUUCACAGAGCAGCACAUAUGUCCGCUCCAAGAUCAAGGUUACCACUGGAGAACCUCCUGCUGAGGUGCCACCUCUCAUGCCAUGUGUGACUACUGGUCCUCCAGUCAUCAUGGCAAACUUAUGCCCCACACCCAGCAUUCUGACAUCUUUAGCAUCUGCAGCGGGUGGAAGCUAUGUUUGUCAGGUGUGCCAGAAGGUAUUUCAGUUUCAGCGAAUGCUCAAUAGACACCUAAAGUGCCACAGUGAACAGAAAAGGCACCUGUGCAAUUUCUGCGGCAAGGGCUUUAAUGACACCUUCGAUCUCAAGAGGCAUGUACGCACGCACACAGGUGUUCGUCCAUACAAAUGUGAUUUAUGUGAAAAAGCCUUCACGCAGCGCUGCUCUCUGGAAUCCCACAUGAAGAAGAUCCACGGUGUGACACAACAGUAUGCCUACAAAGAACGGCGCACUAAACUCUAUGUUUGCGAGGAGUGUGGGCACACAGCCUCCACCCAGGACGCCUUGCUCCGUCACCUCCACACUCAGCAUCCAAACAGUGCCUUCUUGCGGGCCAAGGGGGCACGCAGGCAGUCAGGAGCAGCAGGCAUGAGUGGAUGCGAGGAGAGCUCCCUGCCUGGGUCCCCUCUGUCACAGAAUAGUGAUGACACAGCAGGGUCAGGAGGAAGGUAGAAGGAUUUGUGUGUUGGCAAGUAAGGGAAGCAAAAUGAAGAAUUUGCACACCGUUCAUGCUACUAUGACAGCUGUUUCACAUAUAUAAAGAUGAAGAAGGAAAAAUAGAGGGGGAAACUUGGUUACACUGAAAUUAUAACUGCAAUAAGUUUUAUUCCGUGCCAUGAUAUAUUAGAUGAACUGGUUAAUGUGCCUUAAGCACUAAUCAUAGAUUCACUCACAGUUUACACUACAGCUAUUGAUGAGGGCUGGGUCUUCCCUUUGAAAUUGGUAAUAAUUAUGCACUAGUUCAGUUUACAUUAAGGCAUUUUCUAAUACUGAAAGUGAUAAGAAUGUAACACUACUUUAUGUAAAUACAAUAAAUCCUAUAUGGUGUUUUGGCUCAGGGCAGACAUUUUUACAUUAAAGUGCUCAAGUUUAAAAAAUUACAACAGUGCCUUAUUUUCUUAGUUUUUUUGAUGGGGGGGGGUACUAAAGAAGAAAAGAAUGUUUGUCAAAGAUUAUUGUUUGUAAUAUAUACUGAUAGAUGUUUAGUAAAUAUAGAUUUAUAUUUAUCAUGCUGGUUUGUAAUAUUUCCGGGGUGGAGUUUAUCAUUUAUCCCAGAUUUUCUACGUUUAUAUUAACAAUUAAUACGUAUUAUUCAUUGUGGACAUUAUUUUCACAUUUUAGACAUACCUUAGGAGCCUCAAGGGUAACUGGCAAUGUUCACUUCACACAUAUACAAAUGGCAUACAAUUAAUAUGUGAUUUGAUAUCUAACAGCCGCUACUGACAAACAAGCCAUUCAAUGUGUGCUGAUAUUCAAGCGUAAUAGUUUAAACAGAAGCAGAUUAUCGAUUUUGUGGAAGAGUGUAUAACGUUGU